ACCUUCUCAAUCGCAAAGCUUCUGCGAGAGAGCGGCAGCCUCCUCUCUCCCUCGAGCGACGCAACGCAACGCAUCAACAACGCAUCCUUUCCGUCCCACAUCUACCAUCAACGCGCCUGCGGUCGCGUCAACCAUCACGAUGGCAGAUAUCAAGAUCGACGGAAAGCUCUUUCAGGAGCGCAUCAACCAUUUCAUCACCUCCUGGAAGAACGACAAACGCGCCGGCGACCUGGUCUUCAAUGGCGUCUCCUCCAUCCUCGUCAUGAUGGGCAAGGUCGAGGAGAACCCCGAGUUUCACAAGAACAAUGCCAUGCACUUCUGGUUAUUAGGCUAUGAAUUCCCGACCACCCUCAUGCUCUUUACACUCGACACGCUCUACGUCCUCACAACCGCCAAGAAGGCCAAGCAUCUUGAGCAACUCAAAGGCGGCAGAUUUCCCAUCGAGGUCCUUGUCCGCGGCAAGGAUGCUGGAGAGAACGAGAAGCUCUUCAUCAAGAUCGCCGACGCCAUCAAUGCUGCAGGCAACAAGGUCGGAGUCAUCUCGAAAGACACGUCCAAAGGCCCCUUCGUGGAUGAAUGGAAAAAGGUGUUCGGCGAAAAGUGCAAAGAUGCCGAGCAGACCGACAUCAGCGCUGCCCUCUCCAAUGCCGCAUUCUCCGUCAAGGACGAAACUGAGCUGCGAGCCAUGCGAACCGCUUCCAAGGCAUGCGUCGCUUUGAUGAACCCCUAUUUCCUCGACCAAAUGUCCGACGUCCUCGACCAGGAGAAGAAGGUCAAGCACAGCGCCCUUGCCAACAAGGUCGACCAGAAGCUUGAUGACACCAAGUGGUGGAAGACCGUGGAGCUGCCUAACAAGCAGAAGUUGCCAUCCGACUUCGACCCUGCCAACCUCGACUGGUUCCUCGGCCCCGCAAUCCAGAGCGGUGGCAAAUACGACCUCAAGUUUCAGCAAGAGUCCACCAACGAUAACCUGCACGCAGGCAUCAUCAUUGCGGGCAUGGGGCUGCGGUACAAGUCGUACAGUUCCGCCAUCGCCCGUACCUUCCUAGUCGACCCCAACAAGACGCAGGAGAGCAACUACAAACUCCUCUUCGCCGUGCACAAUCUUGUCCUCAAGGAGAUUCGAGAUGGUGUCCUUGUGAGUGAUGUCUACAAGAAGGCUUUGCAUCUCAUCAAGUCAAAGAAGCCCGAGCUCGAAAAACAUUUUCUGAAGAACGUCGGCGCCGGCAUUGGCAUCGAGAGCAAGGAUCCCACCUUGCUCCUGAACGCCAAGAACACCAGGAGCUUGAAGGAUGGAAUGACCCUCUGCAUCACGACCGGUUUCCAGGAUAUCGAGAACCCCGAUCCCCAAGAUAAGCUGAGCAAGAACUACUCCCUCGUCAUCACUGAUACAGUUCGUGUCACCUCAAGCGAGCCCGUAGUGUUCACUGGUGAUGCACCUACGGAACUCGACGCGACAUCCUUUUUCUUCAAGGACGAGGAGGAAGAGAAGCCUACCCCCAAGAAGGAGAAGAAAGACCCCAAGGUUGGUGCUGUUGCAACCAAGAACAUCACCAACACGAGAUUGAGAUCCGAGCGCACCACCCAUGCUCUCGACGAAGAACAUGACAAGAAACGUCGAGAUCAUCAGAAACAGCUCGCUGCUAAGAAGCAAAAGGAGGGUCUUGCGAGAUUCUCCGAGGCUACCGGUGGACCAAAUGGCGCUGAAGUCAAGAAGUUCAAGAAAUUCGAAUCGUACAAGCGGGAGAACCAGUUGCCAUCCAAGGUCAAGAACUUGGAGAUCUUCAUCGACGAGAAGACUGCUACCGUCAUUCUUCCUGUUAUGGGUCGUCCGGUCCCUUUCCAUAUUCAUACCAUCAAAAACGCCAGCAAGAACGACGAAGGGGAGUGGUCCUUCCUUAGAAUCAACUUCCUAUCACCAGGUCAGGGUGUAGGCCGGAAAGAUGAUCAACCAUUCGAAGAUCCUUCUGCACAGUUCGUCCGCAGCUUGACAUUCCGUUCACUGGAUGGUGACCGUUAUGAAGAGAUCGCAAACCGCAUCUCGAACAUGAAGAAGGAGGCCACCAAGAAGGAGCAGGCAAAGAAGGAAUUAGAGGAUGUCGUUGAACAAGACAAGCUCGUAGAAAUUCGAAACCGCCGUCCGCAGGUGUUGGAUAACGUCUUCAUUCGCCCUGCCAUGGAAGGGAAGCGCGUUCCUGGCAAAGUCGAGAUUCAUCAGAACGGUAUUCGUUACCAAUCUCCUCUCAGCAGUCAGCAAAGAGUGGAUGUUCUUUUUUCCAAUAUCCGUCACUUGUUCUUCCAACCUUGCGCGCACGAGCUCAUUGUCAUCAUUCAUAUACAUCUGAAAGAUCCCAUCAUCUUGGGCGGCAAGAACAAAAAGACCAAGGAUGUCCAAUUCUACAGGGAAGCCACGGAUAUCCAAUUCGACGAGACCGGUAAUCGCAAGCGCAAGUAUCGUUAUGGUGACGAGGACGAGUUUGAGGCCGAACAGGAGGAGCGACGUCGUCGCGCUGAACUCGACCGCCUCUUCCAAAACUUUGCGCAGAAGAUUGCAGAGGCCGGUAAGGGUGAAUCCCUCGAGGUCGACAUGCCCAUCAGGGAGCUUGGUUUCAAUGGUGUCCCGUUCCGCAGCAACGUCUACAUCCAGCCCACGACCGACUGCCUUAUCCAGGUUACUGAACCCCCAUUCCUUGUUGUUACGCUCGAGGAUAUCGAGGUCGCCCACCUGGAACGUGUACAAUUUGGGCUCAAGAAUUUUGAUCUCGUUUUCGUGUUCAAGGACUUCACUAGAGCACCUGCACAUAUCAACACCAUUCCAGUUGAAUCCCUGGACGACGUGAAAGAGUGGCUCGACAGUUCCGAGAUUGCGUUUACUGAAGGUCCUCUGAACCUCAACUGGCCGACCAUUAUAAAGACUGUUACGGCAGACACUCACCAGUUUUUCAUCGAUGGUGGGUGGUCAUUCCUGGCUGCAGAGAGCGACGAUGAGGAUGGCGAUGAAGAAGAAGAGGAGUCGGCCUUCGAAAUCAGUGGAUCCGAGCUCGAGGAAAUCAGCGAGUCCUCUGAAGAUGACUCCGAAUUCGACGAUGAUGCUUCUGCUGAUGCAUCCGAGGAAGAAGCUUCCGACGAUGAAGAAGGCGAUGACUGGGAUGAGCUGGAGAAGAAGGCCAAGCGAAAGGACCGUGAGAGCGGGCUGGAGGACGAGGACCGUGACCGCAACCCCAACCCCAAGAAGAGACGAAAGUAGUCCCUCUCUUAAUCGACUUUGAGGCGUGUUUGGGAAAGUAUGUGUGCUUUUAAUGCUGCGCAGGAUUUCGAGCUGGACGUUAUGACAUGUAGAUUACACUCGCAUGCGAAAUGCAUGCUUUUCGGGGGGUGGGGUUCAGUAAUAUGACGGUUGCUGGCAUGAUCUGCUUAUUUGUAUGUUGCUACGGCAUUUGACAAAUGCGAGGGCGUUCUGGAUGGAUAUACUUGAAUAUUCUCUACAUGGCCGCAGCGGCG